UGAUCGUGGACUUGAAUAGAUACUUGGGUCCCGCUCUCGCUAUGCCGUUCGGAUAUGACGAGGUAGCAUUCAAUCAGCGAUUGUAGAGUCGUCUUGGUCACAAUGACGGAAAGGCAAAAUAUAACAUGUUCAUUUAAUUUAUUCAAUUCUUGUGUCCUGGUUUGAUGAAUACUUCUGCCAUUUUAUACCAGCAAAUAACUCUUGUGUUGUCAAUUGUCUCUGCUCGGUGCUAGUUUUACUUGUACUAACUGACGAUUCGAGAUUUUCUCUGUUAGUGUGUUUGGCGUGUCUGUCUGAUCGAGAGAGAGCAGCUAGAGAUUUAGAUCUUCAUGUUGCGUAGGAUUCAUGAUUUCUGACGAGCGGAGUUAAAUUCUGUUUCUGAAGAGAGAUGCAGUCCCUGAUAGGUCUGCAGCGUGAUUUGAUCAGUUUCUGAGCGAUGUUGAGAAAGAGCUUAAAUGAUAGCUGUUCACUGAUGAAGGAGGCAAGGCCUGUGGUGUCGGUUACUCAUCUGACUUUAGUAAGAUGAAAGGCUUGACCCAAGAUUAAAUCUGUAUCUUCUUACUGAGUUCAGUUUUUGUAUUCGUAUUGUCCCCCCAACUUCCUGUCCAUUGUCACAUAGUGCAUAUUCCUUGGGUAAUAUUUCGCCAUUAGCACUGUUUUUCAAGUUGUGGACUUUUUUUUGUGGUGUUAUUUGAUUGGUAUUAUGUAACGUACUAGAAUUGUAAUAUUAAUCGUACACGGAUUUGGUUCUUAACUCUAUUGUGCUAUUGUCUUCUUUAUCAGUGUUUUGUUUUUUCUAUUGAUUCUUUUGCCGACCAAUUUAUCUCCGAAGAUGGCUGACGAUUUGGGUCAGAAGGCGCAGUACCGCCAUGCGCCGAAGGUGUCUAUUGAAAUGCGGCAAUCACAGCUCAACAAAAGUACCACAAUUCUUCGCGUACAUCCACCUCAGCUGUGCCAACAUGAACGAUAAUGUUCGUUAAUCAUCCACGUUUCUCUUGUUUUUCACGGAGCCGCGUAGGAAGCGCAACGAUUUUAGCUUCUUUUCACCACGAGCGACUCUCGGACAGUGUCCAACAAAUGAAAUGUUGAUGCAAAAAAACUUCAGGUAAACCCGCUUAUGUUGCGUCAGUAGUUGAACCCGUGUUGGAGGAGUUGGCUAGGGAAUUCUGGGCAAACGAACACCGCGUGCGUGUCGACGGAAACGAAAUUAUCGAUUUUAUGAUCGGCCACGUCGAAAAAAACCACGCACAAAUGGACGAGGCGGACCGAAAGGAGUUAUUAGAAAGCCUAGAUAAGGUACUAACUAUGGUUUUCUACGCUGAUAUUUUUCACGUUCUUCACAACUUCAGAAUACUCAGAACUCCUGAUGUUGUCUGCGAAUAUGAGUUUGCUUAUUAUACUUUUGCCGCACGAGUAACACAACUGCUGGAUAAGUUUUCACUACUUCUCGAAAUUUACCAACGAGUGGUCUCAGAGUCAGACUGUCCUUCUGAGAAAAUUACCUUAUUUGUUUUUUCCAUCAUAUUUAUAUACAAAUACAAUCAGAUUUCGAAUAAGCCAAAUAUGGUCGAGGCAGAUAUCCAGCAGCUGCGGAAAGAAUGCGACCUUCUCGCUGGAAAGUGCGAAGAGAUAUGGAAAAUUGAGAAGCAGCAAAUCGAACGUCGUAAAGACAAGGAAAAGCAAAAUCUUGCGGGAGCAACUAAUGUAGAAGCAAAUAGAUAGGCUGGUGCCUAUAAAUUGGUAUCUAUUUUUGGGAGCGGAUGAGCAGGAGUCAGCUGCCAUUUUGUCGUUCCCCCAGUAUGUAAUUUGUAUGACAUUAGUUAAACGAGUUAGUUAAUUGUUUGAAAGGGCGGUGGCAUAUAGUCCUAACGCAAAAAAAAAAACGCUACGGUGGUCACGAAUUGCCGUAUCAGGGCCACACACAUGACGAUGAGCAGCAGCGAGGAUAUUCAGGCAGCUUUUAUCCGCAUCCUGAAAAAUUAUUGUGAAAGGAACAACUCAACUACAAUGAAGUGUCAUAAGAAUCACGCCUAUAAUAACGAACUCUUUCAACGUUUUUGGCUCAACAUUGGUCUUUAGCAUAGCCUUGAACGAAAAAGAUCAGAAUUGCUGAUUCAUGACUUCUUCAGCUCCAAUAACUACGCUGAUAUGUACAUGUACCUACUAGUUGGCAGAGGUAAGUGCUUGUAUGUCUUUCCGAUGUUACUUAGAAUGUACUUAGCAGUUGGCCCCCAUAGAAUGUAGUAGAGAAGUGUUAUGAGCUUCGUGGUGUGUGCAUAAUAAUUAAGUUAGGAAGUACGACUAGUGAAAGUAGCUAGCUAUUGAGUCGUUGAUCUUCUUACGUAUAUGAGAUCUUCCAGCAUCUUCUUGAUAGAAGGAGGAAGGACUUUUGAAUUUUCAAGGGUGGGUUACGAUGGAUCAGAUGCUUAUCCAUGUAUUAUAGAAUUUGGUUUUAGAGUCGAAGAUAGUUAGAAGAAGGCCAUGAAUUGUGGAAGACGAAGAAAAUUGUCCCCGCGUGCUGUUGAUGCGCCUUUGAGCUACUUGCCCCCUUGAUUUCAUAUAAUACGCGACCGCAGUUUGACGUUUAACUAAAGUACGAGCACGGUAGGCAU